CUUAAGAAAAAAAAAAGUAAAUUGUUAAAACAGGGGAGAAUUCUGAUCUUUGCUCACUGUGCAUGGAGCACGAGCACAAAUGACAAAACGGUAAUGAGGAGUGACUCAAUGAGUCUAAGAUCUUGACGUUUCUAAUAGGGGCUAGGGCUCCAUGUUUGCAAAUCCAAAUUCAAUUCUCCAACAUCAUCAACUCAUCAUCUAAUUCGGCAUUACUUUAAUUAACAUGUUGGGCGGAAAAUUCAAAAUGAAAUCGAUUUUGCAUCAUCAUCAUCAGCAGCAUCUUUCGUGUAAUUCUGAUCCCAGUAUGCGUUUCUACACCAUUGCAAUGGCUAGCAAAAGUAUUGUAAAUGCACCAUCUUCAAUAAUCUUCCACAUCCCAGAACAAUCUAUCAAUUCCACUCAAGUUCAAACUCACACAGGCCAAGAUAUUAUCAAAUUGAACUCAGUGAUCACCCAUCACAUGAGAAGAGGCCAAUGCGAAUCAGCCCUCCAUGUGUUCAAUUCCAUGCUGCGUAGAACUGUUGUAUCUUGGAACUCUAUGAUUUCUGGGUACUUGUCAAAUGAUAAAUUUCAGGAUGCACACCAAGUGUUUGAAAAAAUGCCUGUUAGAGACUUGUUUUCUUGGAAUUUAAUGUUGAAGGGUUAUGCCCAGUUUCAUGAUUUAACAGCUGCUAGGUGUUUUUUUGAGAAAAUGCCCAAAAGAGAUAUUGUCUCUUGGAAUACAAUGCUAUCAUUGUAUGCCCAAGGUGGGUUCGUUGAUGAAGCCAGAAAACUGUUUGAUGGGAUGCCAAAUAAGAAUUCUAUAUCAUGGAAUGGAAUAUUGUCUGCUUAUGUGCAAAAUGGGAGGGUUGAUGAGGCUGCAGCAUUAUUUGCGUCUAGACAAGUGUGGGAAUUGGUGGCUUGGAAUUGUUUGAUGGGUGGUUAUGUCAAGAGUAAUAGGCUGGUAGAAGCCAGAGAACUUUUUGAAAGGAUGCCAACUAGAGAUGAGGUUUCAUGGAGUACUAUAAUAUCGGCUUAUGCUAAAAAUGGGUGUGUUGCAGAAGCUGAGAGUUUGUUUCUAAUGUGUCCGAGCAAGGAUGUUUUUACGGGGACAACAAUGGUUUCUGUGUACAUACGAAACAACAUGUUGGACGAGGCUCGGAGAGUAUUUGAUCAAAUGCCAAGAAAGAAUGUAGUAACAUGGAAUUCUAUGCUAGCAGGAUAUGCUCAUUGUAAAAGAAUGGAUAUAGCAAGGGAAUUCUUCGAAGCAAUGCCUACUCGUAGUGUUACUUCUUGGAAUACAAUGAUCAGUGGCUAUGCUCGGAGUGGUGAUAUUACAGAAGCUAGAUUGUUGUUUAGUAAGAUGCCUUUGCGGGAUGCUAUCUCCUGGUCAGCAAUGAUUUCUGCGUGCGCUCAAAAUAGUGAAUGUGAGGAAGCUUUACACCUAUUUGUAGAGAUGCUAAGAAACAGGGAAAGGCCAAAUAAGUCCGUCUUCACCUGUGUUUUGAGCACAUGUGCUGAUACUGGUGUUCUAGAAUUUGGUAUGCAAGUACAUGGGAUAGCUAUAAAAGUAGGAUUAAAAAGCUCAACCUAUGUUGGUAAUGCAUUGGUUGCUUUGUAUUGCAAAUGUGGAAGUAUCGAUGAAGCGAACUAUGUCUUCAAAGUCAUUAUAGAAAAAGAUACCGUUACAUGGAAUACGAUGAUUGCCGGCUAUGCAAAACACGGGUUUGGCCAACAAGCUCUAGGAGUGUUUGAGUCAAUGAUUAAAGCUGGAGCUAGAGCUGAUGAUGCAACUAUGGUGGCUGUGCUGUAUGCAUGUGCUCAUGCUGGUUUUAUUGAUAGAGCGAAACGAUAUUUCUAUGCGAUGUACUCUGAUUACGGGAUUGUUCCAUGCCCGCGACACUAUACAUGCAUGAUUGAUCUUUUAGGCCGAGCAGGCAGGUUAGAAGAAGCCCAAAAUUUGAUAAGGAACAUGCCAUUUGCGCCAGAUGCUGCGGCAUGGGGUGCCUUGUUAGGUGCAGCUAUGGUUCAUAGGAAUGUAGAACUUGCAGAAAAGGCUGCAGAGAUCAUCUUUGAUUUGGAGCCUACUAACUCAGGUAUGUAUGUGUUGCUUUCAAAUUUAUAUGCUGCUUCAGAAAGAUGGUAUGAUGUUCGGAAAAUGAGAUUGAGAAUGAGGGAUAAAGGGGUGAAGAAAAUGCCGGGGUAUAGUUGGCUUGAAGUGCAAAACAAGAUUCAUACAUUUGUAGCUGGAGAUACAUUCCAUCCCGACAAUAAUCGUAUAUAUGCGUUUUUAGAAGAGUUGGAAUCACGGUUGAAGCAAGAUGGAUAUGUGUCGUCCAUAAGGUUGGUGUUACAUGAUGUUGAUGAGGAAGAAAAAGAGCAUAUGCUCAAGUAUCAUAGCGAAAGAUUAGCCGUUGCUUAUGGGAUUUUAAGCUUACCUGCACAAAAACCAUUACGCAUCAUGAAAAACCUGAGGAUUUGUGAAGAUUGCCAUACGGCUAUUAAGCAUAUCUCGAAGCUUGAAGACCGAUUGAUAAUAGUGAGGGAUCCUAAUCGAUUUCAUCAUUUUAAGGAAGGAUCAUGUUCUUGUGGUGAUUAUUGGUGAGAACUAUGUGAAAAAUGAUGUGACAUUUUUUAUGAUUGGCCAUAACUUCGUGUGUUAUCUGUGGGAUCUCUACCUUUCCUUAACCAGCUGCUAAUUCACGCAGAAUGAGAUUCAAGCUGAUAAUUGAUUGCAAUAAAUGGUGCAUACAGUUACUACUAUAAAGCCUACAAGUAAAUGAAAUGGAAGAAUGGGUUCUCAAAGUUUUGGAACUUUGAUAUAUACAGUUCUGACGGCCUAUUUGGUAAUUGGUAGUAAAUGCUGAGAAUGGUAAUGGAAAGUUAGCGUAAAUUUAGUAGGAAUAUCUCUUGACAAAUUGAAUGGUCAUGCUUAUUCUCCUGCAACAAUCUCAUUUUCUUCGCAAAAUUCAUUCCAAUAUAUUACCAUUUGAACAUGUGCUAUUAGGUGGUAAUGGAAAAUUGUGAAUAAAAGAACGUUUUUAUGAUCAAUCUUUUAUUACUAUGGGAAUGACAUGAUACAUAUCAUGAAAAUUCACAGUAUUAAGAAUUCUCAUUACCAUCAAUUAAUACCGUUAAUUAAAUGGACCAUCAGUUCUGUCCAACUAAAUCUGAUUGUGUGGGGUGAAAUUCGAAACAUAUCGUCGUGAAUUCCCAUCACAAAUCACCUGCCAAAUCGCAAAUCUUUAGGAGGGUCCAAAUGCCAGAGAGAGAAGUUCAUAUAUUGAUACCCAAAAUGGUUAGUUUGUGAGUUUAGUUUAUGAAAUUUCUAUAUCUAAAUUUACUAAUUCUAGCCUGUUUCUAAAAAUCUAAUUUGAUUGUUGAUUAACAUUUUUUAGUAACUUGUUCAAGAAUGGAGAAUGUAGUUUCAAGCGGGAAAAGUAUUGUAUUUUACUUGAUUAAUCAGAAGAUCUACUAAGAACACUAAUGGAAAAGGCCAUGAUUUCGGGUGAGCUGCAGGCAGAGAGGAGAAACACAGAGGAAAGUCAAACAAACUUCAUUUAAAGAAACAAGAAGCAAGCAGGGAUCCAUCUUUUUGAAUAAUGAAGUUAUUGACAGCCGUAGAUUAGCAAGGGAAAAUCGAGCUAUUGCCCUGGGCCCCAAACUUUUUUGGGCCCAAAAUAAUAUAUUUUCAGGUACAAAAUUGAUAUUAACUUUUGCUCUGGGGUCCAAAAAUGAACUAGACGGCUUGAAGCAUAUUCAUUGUGUGUGGAACUAAUGAAGUUAGGGGUUAACCUUACUUAUGGUUUUAUGGCUACUAUUUAGCAUUGCAUUGACACACUUCAAAUAGGAUGUAUUGUUAUGUACUUGAUGUUGUUCACAUGUGGAAAUUUCAUAUAAUGAAGUGUAUUUGUUAUGGUAUAUCAAUGACUUUGUGUAUUUGUGGCAAACUUGUGUAUAUCCACACUUAAAGUUGCAUAUUCUCAAAUGACUUUGUUGAAGGCGUCCACUCUAAUGGAAAUAAAGCAUAAUGUGGCAAACAUCCAUUUACACAUUUUGAAUUGCAUAAUGUGGGCUGUGGCAAACCAUUUACAUGUUGACUACUUACUAAUUAUCCCAAAUACCUAUUUGCUCCCAUUAUAGCCGGUGUAGGAGGGAAGAGGUAGGACUGUAGAUUCACUAGGUAUGUUGGAGGCAAAUAUAUAGCAAAGAUUGAAUCAUUAGAUAAUAAUCUAAAGGUGAGAUUUUUCACAGCGAAUAAUUAAGAAGUUGGAUUGUUUUUCGACAAUUUUUCCAAAUUUAAAUUAUUCAUUUUCUAUUUCAUUCAUGUCCUCCCAAUCAUCUUUGGUCUUUCUCUGUUUCUCUUCACCAUUUAGGCUCUUACUUAUCUCGUAUGUGCUAAAGUAAAACAUCAUGUACUUCAUUUUACUUCGUAAUUUAAACACUCGUGACUCCAACUCUCGACUCCAUCGUUCUAAGUUAGUACUAAUCCUUUUUCGGUCUCAUCUACUGAUACAAUGUCAUGUGCGAAUUUAUUAUAGCUAGGAUAAUGUAAAAAGUACUCCCUCCGUUCUUUUUUUAUCUUCCACUUUGGGUUUUUCACAUAUAUUA